UCAGCUGAUCAGAGAUACAUCUCUGGUGGGAGAGAGCGGAAGGCUUAAAUAGCACCGUUCGCCGCUCAAACGAACCAGUACUAACAUUCAAUUUCCAACAAAACGGCACUCCACUUGUUUCCGAUCAACCGUCGGUCUGGCUAGCUGAAAGGAAAACACAACUUUCGUUCAGGAGCCUAGAAGUUGAUUAGCAAAUUCUAAUCGUAAAAGAAGUGGCGGUAAUAUUGUCCAGUCAGUAUUCAGAAAUAGAAUUUAAAAAAAAAGAACGCGGCGCGGGAAAUUUGUUUAAUCUGAAUAAUACAACCGACCUUUAAUUCCGCUGCAAAAUCCGUCAGGGAUAUUCUGCAAUUUGUCGAUGCAAGAGAUUACGUAAAACGUAGUUCGUACAUGAUAAGUGCGUCGAGUGUGUUCGUCGAAUACAUAUAUAUUUGUUCAGCAUUUUUCUUUGAGCACCAAGUUUGUCGGAUAAAGAGUUCGAGCCGCGAGUGUGUUCGAUAGAAUUGCGAAGAUUGCCGCUAAUCGACGGAACAAAGAUCAAAUAAGAAAAACCAAGAUGAAGCCCCCGUCGUAUAACACCGAAGAAGUACAGCGGAUCUCCCAGGAACAAGGAGAACGCAAUGUGGCGAUGGCUGUUUGCGUACAACUCGCUGGAAGAGCGAUCAUCAGGGUUGUGUCGAGAUGCGAAGCCGCUCAAGACAAUUGCAAUUUGGAUUUGUCCGAAUGUCAACUGAUGCAGGUGCCAGACGCGGUUUAUCACCUUAUGCGACACACAGAGCUGAAAAGAUGCAACCUUUCCGGCAACGUGAUUACGAAAAUCCCGCCAAAGUUUGCCGUCAAAUUUUCGCUGAUCAACGAAUUGAACCUGAGCCACAACCAAAUGAGUAAACUACCCGAGGAGCUUUCGGAAUUGCAGGCCUUGAAAAGGCUCGAUAUUUCCCAUAAUACCUUCAUUGCAUUACCACCCGUCACUUGCAGAAUACCUCAACUGGAACAACUGCUUGCCAACAAUAAUUCAAUCAUAGAUGUCGAUGUGGAAAGAUUGAGGCACGCACCGGCCCUGGAAUUUAUCGAUUUACAAAACAACCCGUUGACGUCGCGAGUUCACGACCUGCUUCAAACUUUGAUAGAAGUUAAAAUCGAGCUGACACCACGAGAGCGGGAAGACUGGGAAGAUCUCACAGUUUGAAAAUGAAGCUGGAGUGGCGCGUUUACCUGAUAAGAGAAGAAAUUGUCUGUUUUUUUUACAUAGAAGUGGGAAAAUAGAGUAAAAAGAUGUCGACCCAGUUGCACUUGUAUGUUAAUUCGAUCGAUUAAACGUGUCGAUUAGAGUAUUAGCAAAUCGGGACAAUGUGCGAUUCAUCAGAAUAUAGCCAAGUAUAAUUGUGUUUUACAUGUGCGGUGCAGAAAAGAGACUGACGGAACAAUAAUAUUUACCGGUGCGGGACACGUACGCCAAAGUGAUCUAAUUUCUUCAUCUUAUAAACACUAAUUAAAUGUAAUGUAAUAUAUAACACUUGUAACUCAUCCUAGAAACACCCUUGCAGAACAGUUGCGAUAUAAUUUUCGGAUAUAAUCCCGUAUUAUGCGAGUAAAUACAUACAAAUACGUACAUAGAAUAUUGGUGUAAUUGAAAGUCUUUCACAAACCACACGUUUACGAUUACUGUUCAUAAAGUCCAUUGCUAUCAAAACAACUACUGUGAUUAUAUAUAAGUAUAUCCAUUAUCGUAUUAUGUAUAAGAGAUUGUAAACGUAUUUUGUAGAAAAUUGUUACAUUUCGUGUUUUCUUUUUUAAUUGUUCAAUUUAUAAUCUUAUGAAAUUAUUCAUGAAAAUUAUACUGUAAUAACUAUGCAAAGGCAGAAAGGAAAAAAAACGAGAGAAACCAGAAGACUUAAGGACUCAUUUUAAGGCAACAGUUACGAACAACACUAGAAUAUUUGAACGUAAUAUCAUUAUUGCUCACAGUAGGUGUGUGUGUGAGUGUGUGUGGACAUACACACACGCACACACACGCACAAUAUUUUUUUUUGAUAUUUAGGUAUAUACACAUAUUCAAAGAUAUAUUGAUUGAUUUACAAACUAUUUAGACUUCUGCCAAAUAUGAAAAAAAAAAGAUUGCUAAACGUCAAAUAAUUAUUAUCUAUGUCAUUUUUUUGUACCAUGUAAACAAACUUGAAAUUUUCAACGAUUUAUUUGAUAACACAUGAUGCGUUCUCACAAGGGUGUGAUGUAUUAUACAUAUUGUAUAUGCAAUAUAUAUAUAAAUGAUGUAUUAGAACCCUAACGUUAUUUCUUGCUAACCCCAGUGUUAACUUAUUUAACACGUGUAUACUAUAUAUAUAUAUAAUAAUGAGUUAUUUUUUUUCUAUGAUGAAAACAAUUCAAUUUUGUGUUGUAUAUUGACCUGUCUGACUGCCAAUUUUUCAAUAAAUAAAUUAGUUGGUGGCUUGCUGAGUAUGAGUGGCUACUAGAUCAAUUAUUUAAAAUGUUUCAGGGCGGGUGAUAUACGUACAUACCUAUGUCAACAACAUCGCUCAAAGUUAGGGUAAAAACAAUGUUCUCGCCUUAAUCGAAAUAGCCGCCCAAGCUGCACAUGUUAUCGAAAGCAUUUUUGUGAUUUAGACAGAUUAUUUACAGCCUUUUGUGCCGAAAUGCCGAAGCACAUUACUAUUUGUAUUUAAUUUUAAAACGCCUGUCCUUUGUAAAGAUUGUAUCCUAUGUUUGAAAAAAGAAUUACCUUGUAUUACUCUGUAUUUCGAUCUAGUCAAUUGUCCAAUCGGACGUUGCAAUACAUUUUAUGAAAC